GUGUGUGUGUGUGUGUGUGUGUGUGUGUGUGUGUGUGUGUGUGUGUGUGUGUGUGUGUGUGUGUGUGUGUGUGUGUGUGUGUGUGUGUGUGCUAUUCGAAACAGGUGUUGGCAGGAAACUGUUAUUGUCCACAUGAAAGUAAAGAUUUAAACCUCUCUCCACACAUCAACAGAAGCCCAUUUAAAACCAAUGGAGCAUGUAUAACACAUCCAUUCCAUUCAGUCAUAUUGAGCUGUUUGAGACAGUAAACACAGGUUUACCUUUCACACAAAGCUGAGGAAAGUGGGACACCUCUAGAGAGUCACACCUUGUGAUGGGUGUGGAGAAACUCAGGAUGUGCCUAUAAAGCACUGUGGCUUCAAACUUACUUGUAGACAGUUACAUGAGUAAGCCAACGCCACGAUGCUGACUUUUAUCCAGCUGAUGAUUUUGCCUCUUUGGACGAGCAUUAGCUCAGCUGAUGCGGAGAAACUUUUCCAUAAUCGGGAUCAUUCUGAUAUAGAGACCCUUACUUCUCACCACGCUGAGGUCAUAACCGACAAGUUCACAGCAGAGUUAUUUCUCUCUAGAUAUGGAUUCAUUAAGCCGGUGAACUGGGAGGAGAUACAGUUUGAAGAUUCAGAUGUCUCUUUUAACGAUGACUUUUUGGAUAACCUUCAAGAUAUGAUCCAGGAAGGAACCUCAGUGCAUCACUCAAGGGAUGCUCUUAAGGACGGCGAUUACGACGACCACAAUAGUCUAACCAAAAGCCUUGCGUUUAUUUCAGCACUUAAAGAGUUUCAGAGGGUUUCCGGUCUGCCUGCCACAGGUGUGUUUGAUGCAGCAACCAAGGUGGCGAUGAACAAGCCGAGGUGUGGAGUCCCUGACAAAGAAAUUGACCUGGAUGCGCCUGUAGCACCUGAGAACAGUGGAGCUUUAGAUACUGAAAACAGUUCCAAUAACACUUUAAAUGAGACUGACAGUAACAACACAAUCCGUAACUCUUCUUAUGGCACUGCCAACUCCUUCGAAGAUGACAUAUUCAAUGCUAAUGACACAGAAAGUCUUCUCACAGGCAUUUCCAAUGACACCAGCUUGAAUUUCACAUCAUUUGAUCCAAUUUUAAACAGCACAUCUCUAAACAGCUCAAAUGCUGUAGACAGUCAAAUGUUCAAUAACAGCGGCCAUCAGAGCCCAGCAGUACAACGCAGGAAACGUCACCUCGCCACUCUGGUAUCCAGAAGCAGGCACAAAAGAGAUUUGAGUCAAACAGGAUACAUGGCCUUCUCUAAGAGGGUGUUAAAAUGGAGGCUGAUAGGAGAAGGCUACAGCAGCCAGCUGUCCAUCGAAGAGCAGAGGUACAUCUUCAGACUGGCCUUCAGGAUGUGGAGCGAGGUGUCUCCGCUGGAGUUUGUGGAGGACACACGUUCCCCACUGGAGGAUGUUGAUAUCAGGCUGGGCUUUGGCACAGGACGGCAUCUGGGCUGCAAACAGAGGUUUGAUGGCACCGGGCAGGAAUUUGCACACGCCUGGUUCCUGGGUGAUAUUCACUUUGAUGACGAUGAACACUUCACUGCUCCCAGUGCUGGCAGUGGGAUCAGCCUUCUCAAAGUAGCAGUUCAUGAGAUCGGCCAUGUUUUGGGUCUCCCUCACAUCUACAGAGCUUCUUCCAUAAUGCAGCCCAGCUAUCUGCCCCAGGAGGCCGGCUUUGAGAUGGAAUGGUCAGACAGGAAGGCCAUUCAGCACCUCUAUGGGGGCUGUAAGGGCCGAUUCAACACAGCUUUUGAUUGGAUCAGAAAGGAGAAGACCUCCUAUGGAGAGACGGUCAUCCGCUUUAACACGUACUUCAUGAGGAACGGCUGGUACUGGCUGUAUGAUAACAAGAGUAACCGCACACGCUAUGGAGACCCAGUGGCCCUGCAGGCCGGCUGGCGGGGGAUCCCCAUGGAUGGAGUGGAUGCGUUUGUGCAUGUGUGGUCCAGAAAAAGAGAUGCUGUUUACUUCUUCAAAGGUGCUCGGUUCUGGGGGUAUGACAAUGAGAAUGACCAGGUGUUCAGACAGGACCCUGAAGGUCACCGCUACCCGAGGUUGAUCUCUGAGGCGUUCCCAGGGGUCUUCGGUCCCAUCGAAACAGCCUUCUAUGACAGGAGAGACUCUCGCAUCUACUUCUUCAAAAACACACUUGUGUAUGCAUUCGACGUGGAAGCCAACAGCUUGGCAAGAGGCUUCCCCAGAAACAUCAGAGACGUUUUCCCUCCAGUGGUGAGCGGAGACCAUCCAGAUGGCAACAUCGACGCUGCCUACUUCUCCUACACCCACAAUGCCAUCUUUCUACUCAAGGGCGCACGCUUCUGGCAGGUGGUGAGCAGCCGAGAUCGCUGGCGCCGGCCCUUUCUGCUACGCAACGGCCUGCUGCCACACAAGGAGGUGGAUCAGCGCUGGUUCGACAUCUGCAACGUUCAUCCCACUGCACUCAAACUAAAGCGCUGAAGCACAGAUUCAUUAAACCCUACUGAUGUGAACUGAGAGCUUCACCUGGUGGGUAUGUACACAUGUUGUCAUACAUGUAGGAAUCCAUUAUCUAUUUAAUUUAAAUGUUUACCUUUUUUUAAAGACAAAAACAAGUGUACUUCGCAUACUUCUGUUGGCUUAGUUUCAAUGAGGUGUGAUAGGUCUAUUCAUAUAUCAGCCGCUCUCUCACUAAGAGGUGCCAAAUGCAUACUGGCAUUGUGAAGGACGUCUUAUGAUGAAUAGGUUUUUAGAGCAUUACUGAGAAAGUACUUAUUUAUAGAAAGAACUAUUGAAAGUGAAAAGAAAGGAAAAUGUAUUCCCAAGACUGAGAGUGGUUUCUGGGUAAACUUACAGAUUGUAUGUAUGCAUCUUAUGUAAUGAUUUUAAAUAUAUCUUCAAAAAAAAAAUGCCCACAACAGAUGAACAAUACUUUACAUUCCUCGUUUUCUUCUUAAUUUUGCAAUAUGUUGUUGUGAGGGAGACAUAACCAUACUACAACAAGAUGAUGGAUACCAGCACUUUUGCGCUGAAUAUAUCACUUCUUUUUAAAUCAUUUGGGAAAACUUGAAUCUAAAGCUGCCUGCAGGCGGGAAAGAAUAUAACAUCAAGUCAAAUAAAUAUCCCUUCAACGCUCUGAUACAGCCUUUGCAGAAGCUUUUGGUCUGAUCUGUAAGAAAAACAUUUAAUCUUAAUCGAUAAAAACUUGGAGAUUGUGGAAACAUCUUUCCAGUGAUGCGCUAUUUUGAUUCCAUCUUGUGAUGGAAGGUAGCAUUAACGAUUUACACAAUAUCAAUCAGGAAACACCCUAUUUAAAUGUAGAUUGAAGCAAAAUGAUUGAAAAAAAGGACUCUCCUCAUUACUUAAUGCUGUUCCAUUUCAUAGUAAUCAUUGGAGCACGCUGCAAAGGAACAGACAUCGAUUCUGUGAUCAAUAUGUUACUUGAACACUCUUAUUAAUUCAGCUCAUUUUAGGAGAUUAAGCUCCUGGUGGGCCCCAAAUAACUAGCGUUGUGCUUCAGGCGCUGCACAGACUAUAUUAAUCAAUUGAAGUCAAAAUCAAUUACAAGCAAAGGAACAACAUGUCAUGGUAAGUGGGGCUACAGAGACAUGAGACAAUGAGUCCUAUAGAAUGAGCUUUCUGUGGAAGCAGCCUACAAAUAUCCUUGUAAUAUUUCUCUCUUGAUGUGUUAUCAGAUCAUUAUUUCUUGUCAUUUUCAUGGUAUACCUACUUUUUGAGUGACUAAAUAGCCAUGGGAAAUACAUUUUCUGGAUUCUUGUUUCAAGUUCAGCUAAAUUAUUUUCAUUGUUACAAUUUUAUAUAAGCAUAUUAUCCCUCCAACUGAUAAACAUCCUGUAAUUCAGCGUGAAGUCACAUCUGUUUGAAUCUAUUAUGUCAUAUGUUUGUUGCUGCGUGUUUGACAUCUCAGCAGGAAUUAUUGAUAGACUAAUAUUGAAUCCAGUGCGUAAAAUGAUGCAGUGCAGUGAUCUGUUUAUUUAUCCCAUAAUGAAGCGCCAUACAUCUCCUGCACCCUGGAGUUCCCCAUACAGACAAAUCCUAAAUACAAACUGUUAUUCACACAUGCGAGUCCCCGGCUGCACAGCUCAAUGAUCUGUGCUUUUGCAGUAACAGUACUGCUAUUGAAGCUCCCUUCCCAUACACCCCGGGCCUCUUUGGAUGCGACGGAGAUAAAUGAGAUCAGUCAUGCUGAUGGAGCCCGAGCCGCAGUACAGGAGAGAUUCAGAAAGCUGUGUCACGGCACAGGAAUCCACAUGGGAAGCAUGUUCAGAAACAGGAGAAUGGGACAAAACUCUGUAACAAAUAUCUCCGAAAUCCAAGACGUGAAAAUAUCUGUUGCCUCAAUUAUGUCUUAGAGCCUUGUGGAAAUCACUGGAAUAAAUCUAGUAUCAUUUCAGUGUGGUACAGUAAUGUGUCCUUAUGUGUGCCUUGGGAUUUCUUUAACAAACUGCUGCAUGUGUUGCAUUUGAAUAUUAAUAGUUCAAGGCUGAUAUCACUUUGAAUUUGUUCAUAUAAAGAAAACAUCUCCAGGACUUCUCCUGUGAUGGAAAUGAUGGCAUUUCA